GUACCUAACAGUGUAUCUAUGAAACCGCUAGCCUGUGUUUUUGUAUUCUCAGGGAUGGCAUUAGUCGGUAUGAUGUUGAGCAAAGGAGCAGAUUACUUAGUAGAGAAGCAAAAGGUAUUGUUGGUCAAAGCAUUGAAUUUACGUUGGGUGAUUUUGGCAAUUUUUUGGAUUUUGAUGAGUACACUUUGUUUGGCUCAAUUUUUCCUUCAUAUUGCUGAGCUGAACACUGAGAAGAGACAGAAAGAACUGGUUAGAUGGGUCCUUACUAAGUCGGUGACUAACAUGGAUCUUGAAGCUGCUAAUCUUGAUGAUAAUGGUAUAGUUGUUGCUGCUGAGUUUGUCAUAGACAAGCUCAAAGAGAUGGGAAAGAUCAGCCAAGAAGAUAUCUCAGUUGUGCUGAAAGAAUUUGAAUAUCUUGACGUUGAUCAGUCUGGAACUUUGUCAACCUCUGAUAUAUCCCUUGCCCAAUCAUCUUAA